UCGAAUCCCCGCCCGCCCACAGCGCCUACCCUUUCACCUCCGAGCAAUUGGGUCGGGCUGUUAAGCGGGCGAGCGCAGAAGCUUCGUGUCUUGCCCGUGCUGCGCCUGCGCGGCAUUUGAGCUUCGAGGGGCGUGGAUUUGCUGAAGCUGGAAAACCGGUGGUGGUCCUGAAAGGAAACAGGGAGCGCGAGCUUUUUAAAAAAACAACAGCAACAACUCAAAACAGGCAGAUGGAUGUGGGCAGCGUUGCUCAGGGGGUGGAGCAGGCGACCCCGGAGGAGAGGACGCAGGACUCGGAGCAGCAGCUGCAGCCUUCCAAGGAGGAGGAAGAGAAGGAAGAAGAGAAGCACAGGAAGCUCCUGUGUCUGGAAUUUACCUCCAUCAGCGGCAGCGAUCUAGCCGUUGCUCAGUGCUACCUGGCAGAGAAUGACUGGGAUAUGCAGAGAGCGCUGAAUUCUUAUUUUGAGCCGCCUCUUGAGGAGCAACCUAUGGACGCGAUGCCAGAGCCUCUCCCGGUGGAGGGGACCCUCAUUGACCUAACUGAUGAAUCGACCACCGGCAACGUCUCUGCUGCUGUUAAAGAGGCGGGUCUUAGCCCCAAAGAGGAUGACGGCACAUUUUCUUUAAUUACCUGGAAUAUAGAUGGCCUGGAUUUAAAAAACCUGCAAGAUAGGGCACGAGGAGUUUGCUCCUAUCUCGCUUUGUACAGUCCAGAUGUGGUAUUUCUACAGGAGGUUAUUCCACCAGUUUUAUGCUAUCUACAGAAGAGAGCCAUCAGUUACACAAUUAUUCCAGGUAAUACAGACGGUUAUUUCACGGCCAUAAUGUUAAAAAAAUCAAGAGUCAGAGUUUUAAAAGAAGAAAUAACACCUUUCCCUACCACCUCCAUGAUGAGAAAUUUAUUAGCAGUACAUGCAACCAUAUCUGGCAAUGACCUCUGCCUUAUGACUUCGCAUCUGGAGAGCACGAAGGGUCAUAAUGAAGAACGCUUGAGUCAGUUGAAACGGGUGCUUGCCAAAAUGACGGAGGCCCCAGAGUCCACUACUGUGAUUUUUGGAGGAGAUACAAAUCUCAGAGACAAAGAGGUUGCUAAGCUUGGUGGUUUGCCUGACAACAUUCUGGAUGUUUGGGAAUUUUUGGGGAAGCCAGAACAUUGCCGCUACACGUGGGAUACAACCCAAAACACUAACUUAGAUGCACGUUACAAGUGCAGAUUGCGGUUUGAUCGCCUCCUCCUCCGAGCUGCUUCUACUGACGGACAAAUUGUUCCUAAGAGUUUGGAUUUAAUUGGGCUGGAAAAACUGGACUGCGGCAGAUUUCCUAGCGAUCACUGGGGUCUGCUUUGCAAUUUUGAUGUGGUACUAUAAGGGGAGGAAAUGAUUUCCACGUGGUGUAUGAAAGACACCGUUACAUUUACAACCUUUCCUGUUUCCACCCCACAUCCUGCUAUAUUUUAAACCAAUUCUGGGAUUGGUUCAAAUUUAUACCCUCCAGUAGUAAUACACUAAUCCUUGCCCAGUGAAAGGGUGGGGAGAAGACUUUUAAAUCUAUACUCUUAAAUUCCUUCCAAUUUAUAGGUACUCCAGGAUAUAUUUCCCUUCCAAGUUUCAAUUCCUGUGCAAAAUAGAUAAAUGAAAAUGCUAGCCAUAUAAUACUAUUUCAGUCUUAAAUUGAAUAAAGAAUAAUUCAACCCACCUUUUCAUAAUCUGAUAUUGAACUUAAUAAAGGUAGGCUUGAAGGAUUUUUUUUAUUUAAACCACUGUUUUCAGGUAGCAGAGUUGGAAAAAUAGCCAAUUGUUUUAAGGGGAGGGGGGAAGUAACCGACUUUCUAUGGGCUGGUAAUCUUAGAACAAUUGUUACAUUGCUGAAGUGUCAUAUCAUUUCCUGUCUGUGAAGAAGGGGAAUGUUUUUUCAGGAUGAGCAAGGCUUGAGUUAGAGAUCGGCAUUAUGGGUACUCGAUGAUUCCCAUGCACCAGUAGGGUGCCCAAGCCUUGGAGCCUUCUGAUGCUGAUUCCCAUCAAACUUUCCAAAUUAGCAGGCAAUGAGAGGAGGUAUCCCCCCCCUACAUGUCUUAUUUUCUCUGGGAAGGAGUGUGACUUAGGCCCAAGGAGAGAGAACACUGAAUCAGCAGUGGUGAAAAGGACAAGGUGGAGUCCAAUGGAAACAUACUGGCAAAAAUGCUAGGACCAGCACUGAUGGUAACAACUCUUAAAAGUCAGCAAUCCUAAAAUAGAUCUGAUCAUGUAAUCAAACCAGGUAACAAAGGAAUUGCCUCCUUACCAAUGUAUUUUCUCCUGGAGGUCUGCAGCCCACAGAACAGAAGGUAGUGAUCAUUGGUUGUUUUGAAGCCCCAACAGCAAGGUAUGAUUGCCGAUGGAUAGGUAAUUUGCAGUAUUCCCUCUACGCACUUGCAGUUUCCUACCGUAAGUCACUGUGUGCUUGCAAGGAAUUCUGAAUUCCUGCCACUUUUGCAUGUCGAAAAUAGUCCUGCUACUAUAUCUGUAGGCAGGAUGUGAUGUCUGCAGACUUGCUUAUCUCAGCAUGAAAGAGAGAUGAGUCUCUUUGCAGGGCUGUCAUGCAGAAGACUGUUGUCUGUUUGUCCAGGAGGCAGAAGCAGGACCUGGUAAGGAAGCAGAUUUCAUAGGAACAUUGGAAGCUACCUUACACUAAAUCAGACCAUUGUUCAGUCUAGCUCGAUAUUAUCUACACCAGGUGUGGAGAAGCUUUGGGCCUUCGGAUAUUGCUGAACUACAACUCCCAUAAUUUUGUUUUCUGCUGCUCCAGAGAAGCGGACACGGAGCAAUGGAUUCAAACUUCAAGAAAGAAGAUUCCACCUAAACAUUAGGAAGAACUUCCUGACAGUAAGAGCUGUUCGACAGUGGAAUUUGCUACCAAGGAGUGUGGUGGAGUCUCCUUCUUUGGAGGUCUUUAAGCAGAGGCUUGACAGUCAUAUGUCAAGAAUGCUUUGAUGGUGUUUCCUGCUUGGCAGGGGGUUGGACUGGAUGGCCCUUGUGGUCUCUUCCAACUCUAUGAUUCUAUGAUAAUUCCUGGCUAUUAUUAGCGUUGCUUGCUGGAGCUGAUGGGACCUGUAAGUUCUGACUGGCAGUGUUUCUCCAAGGUGUUUAGGAUUUGCAUGCAAAGCAGAUGCUCUGCUACGGUACUGAGCUAGGAGAAACUUCCUAAUUAUGAGAGCUGUUUGAUAGUGGAGCUGGCCAUCUCGGGAGGUUGUGGUGGAGCCUCCUUUGAUGGGGGUACUUAAACAGGCUGGUCAGAAAAGAUCUGGAUUAUUUUUGGACUACAACGAUUGGGUUUCAUUGACUAGAAAGGCAGUAAUUAUCGAUGAUCAGAACCCUCAAAAUUCCUCAGAAUUUGAAGCAUGGGAAGUCAAUAAAUUUUAUAAUUUGGCAUAAUAUUGGGAUUAAUGGAUAUGCAUUUGUAUCAUUUGGAAUAAUUGGUAUGAUAUAAUUGGUUGUAAGUGAAAAAUUUAAUAAAAAUUGAUUUGAAAAUAAAUAAAUAAACAGGCUGGUCAGCCCUCCAUUGAGGACGGUGUAGUUGCAGA